AUGAGUUUAGUAAAUAAAGGGCAAGAAAGCGAGAGCUCAGACGAAAGCCAAGAUUUUGGGCCUGGUUUCUCGGAGUUAGUUGAGGAAAGUAUUUCAAACGGAGGCCAGCAGUUUGAUUGCGUAGAAUCUGAUCACUCCAAAGAUCAAGAUGAACUGGGGCAUUCAAGUAAAAUGAAAAAAAGGAAAAUAGAAGGUACAAACAUCAAUGAUGGAGUGAAAAGAGUUAAAGAAGAAAACGAUAAUGAUGAUGAUGAUGAUGAUGAUGAUGAUGAUGAUUCAUUAGGUCCAAUGCCUACAAUGUCAACAACAGUAGAGUUUAAUGAGAAGGUCGAGAUUGAAAAUAAAGGUAUACAGGAAAAAAAAGACAGAGAUAAAGAGCUGGAGAAAGUAGUAAAUAUUCCAAAGACGGAUUUUUAUGAAUGCAGCUUUAUGCAUAAGAAGCAAGUGACUCAUGUAGUAUCUAGCAAUAGAACAGGAUUUGCUAUUACAGCAAGUAAAGAUGGCGUGAUAAAAUUUUGGAGAUUAAGGUCAGAGAAGGAAAUAUUGAGAGAAAAAGAAAGUCUGACAAAGGAAUCAUCUUCUUCAGUAAUAACAUCAUUGGAGUUUGUGAAAGGUUUUCAGGCUCAUAGAAAUGAAGUUUCUGAUAUUUCAAUUUCAAAUUGCGAACAAUAUAUGGCAAGUAUAUCCGAAUUUGAAAAUAAUAUAAAGCUAUAUAGUAUAUCAUAUUUCGACAUGAUUUCAAUAAUUAGAAUCCCAAUAUAUCCUAAUAGGUGUGUAUUUUUAUCAUCACUGAGAGGAGGAGGAAGAGGAAUGUCUUGUGGAUCUAUUAAUUAUACUCGAAACAAAAAUAAUAGAAGCGACAGUAAUAUCAAUAACAUAAAUAAUACAGCUAAGCUAUCGAGUGGGCUGAUAUAUCCUCAAAUUGUUGUAUCGGAGCUUAAAACAGGAUCUAUAUAUAUAUAUUCAAUUAAAGGAGAUAAUUUAAUUAGAUCUAAUGAAGAAGAUGAAGGUGACGAAAGCUUUCUAAAAUAUAAUAACCAUAAGAGUCAAAUCACGUGCUUAAGGUUUUUACCAAACCUUGGUAUAGUUAUAUCAGCAGACAUGACUGGUGGAUUAGAGUUUUGGGAUCCCUGGACUAUGGCUUUACCAAAAAGAAGCCUUCCAGAUUGUGGAUUGUUUAAUCAGAUUAAAUUCAAAUUUAAAAUAGAAACAGAUUUGUUUGAAUUGCAAAAGAAUAAAUGCUAUGCAAUAAGUAUGGUUGUUAGUAGUGAUGAGAGAAAUCUUGCAAUCAGAUCUUCUGACCAUAAAAUUAGAUUAUUUUCAAUACAAACUGGUAAAUGUCUGAAAGUAUUCGAUGAAAAUAUCUCAUAUUAUAAUAUAAUGCAGAGUAACCCAGAAUACGAUUAUUUGCAUAUUGAUCGUUUAGAAUUUGGCGUCAGAUCAGCAGUUGAAACAGAAAUACAAAAUCUCCCAGAAUAUUAUGAUAUGCAGAAUAUGGUUUUUGAUGAAACAUGCAGAUUUUUAAUAUAUCCCUCUAUGAUUGGUAUUUGUGUACUUGAUAUACAAAUUGGUAGGCGUGUUUUAAUCAUUGGUAAAUUUGAAACAGGAAAAAGAUUUCUAAAUUUGGGAUUAUUGCAAAUACACAGGGGAGGAAUAUCUUACAACAAUCAAAUAAGUCACGUUGAUUCAGUUAUUAUUUCUUCUGCCUAUAAAUCAAAUCGUAUAUAUAUCUUUUCAAAAAGACUUCCACUAUUAGAUAAUGGUGAUGUGAAUUUGAAAAGAGAUAUAUUUAAUGAAUUGCCAAGCAAUGAAGAGAUUGAGAAACAAAAGCAAUUAGAAAAAUUCUUAAAUAAAGGAAAAGAAAGAAGUAAUGCAUAUAUUAGAAUUGCAAAACAAGUAAUACUACAUACAACUAAAGGAGAUAUAACUCUAGAGCUUUAUCCAGAAAUAGCUCCUAAAGCUUGUGAAAACUUUUCAGUGCACUGUUUUAAUGGAUAUUAUAAUAAUUGUAUCUUUCAUAGAGUUAUUAAAGGUUUCAUGAUACAAACUGGUGAUCCAACUGGACAAGGUAUCGGAGGGGUAUCAAUAUGGGGAAAAGAAUUUGAGGAUGAAAUUUCACCAGACAUAAAACAUGAUGAGCCAUUUACUUUAAGUAUGGCAAAUGCAGGUCCAAAUACUAACGGUAGUCAAUUCUUUAUAACAACAGCGUCUUGUCCAUGGCUGGAUGGAGUGCAUACUAUUUUUGGAAAGGUUAUUCAUGGAAAAGAAAUUGUGAAAGAAAUUGAACAUGUUGCAACUAAUAGAAAUGAUAAACCAAUUCAGGAUGUAUUAAUUACUUCAACAUCCACUAUAUUUAAUUAA